CGCGCACGGACAGCAUGAACAUCUACUCCGUAGACCCUUCUUAAAAAGAACCGGUCGAACGCAUAGGUGAAGAAAUACUAGAUGGUCGAAACUGCGAUAGCUGAAAGUUUGGACUGCUCGGAGGAGACGAUCGUGUGACGAUCGUGGAGGAACUGACGGUUAAGAAGGAUCGUGGACGAUUAAUCGGAGUUCGCUGGUAAUCGCGGUAGAUGAAGGGGGCCGAGCGACGAACAACUGCGACUGAAACGAUGCCGUGGUGUCGUGGUCGUGGUUGUCGUGGUCGUCGUCAUCGUUGAAUCUAACGCGUGGCGCGUGAAUAGAGCGGCCAAGCUCGGUGUAGUCGAGUUGCGUAACGCGUGGCCGGUGAGAGAACGCAGAGGGAACGCAGUGGGAACGCAGAGGGAACGAAGAAGGUGAAAAGAAGCGUGAAACGUGCCGCGGCGGGCUGGCUAAACCGAGCCGGAUCAACCGAGCAGAGAUCCUUCUCGAGAUCAUCGGGAAUGACGACCGCUCGAUUUGGACCGAUGAAAGGACGCAGAAAGGAAGACGGUCCAACGGCGGUACGAGAAUGACAUCGACCAGGACGGUGGUCGGGAUCUCGAGGCUGCUCGUCCUCGUGCCUGUCACCGUCUGCGCGACCAUUUCUUACAACCUCAACGAACAACCGCCGCGAUGCAGCGACCGAACACCACCUCCCCAGACAUUGGCAAAGUGUCGAUACGACGUCGAUUGUAUGAACAACGCUUAUUGCUGGAACCAGGAAGCCUGUUUGUGCAAAGACGAAUAUAUCGUCUAUAAGAAUCGUACGCACGUGGAGUGCCUGAAAGUGGCGAAUGCUAUCGGAGACCGUUGCGAAGUGGACAUUCAGUGUCGCGUGACCUUCGCCCCUUUCUCGGAGUGCCGGCGAAAUAUCUGCCAAUGCUCCGACGGUUCUCACUACGUGGAAGGCAGAUGUUACGAGUCCGUAGGUUUGGGACAAGCUUGCCAGACGCAUCGGAAUUGCUACAUCAAAGACAGCUACUGCGUGACGGGAUUUUGCGCGUGCACAUUGAAGUAUCAUCCGAAUCCUCGCAAUGACGGCUGCAUACCGAGUGCCGAGUUGGACGACGAGUGCACGAACGAUUACGAAUGCGUCGCGGAGAAUUCGAGAUGCAGCCAGCAGGUCUGUUCGUGCGAAGCGGGUCACGUGCUGUCGAAGGACGGCAAGCGAUGUCUGAAAGCUAGGUACUCGGUCGGAGAACCGUGUCACGAGGAUGUUCAGUGUCAGAUGUUCCUGAAAAGUACCGUGUGUGGACCUAAUGGCAAAUGCAGCUGCAUCGACAACUUUCAUCAGAGCGGCCCCGUGUGUCUGAGAGACAGCCUGUUGAACAAUCGAUGCCAAAGUCACAGAGAGUGCGUUACCGCGACCCACAGACACUCCAACUCCACCGAAGUGACGAGCGUUGAUUGCGUCGGUGGCAUUUGCAUGUGCGCCAAGGACUAUAUCAUGACGGAAUUCAACGAGUGCGUCGGAUAUAGCGAUAACGGCGCCGCAACCGCACACUCCUGGCAGCAAAUAUUACGCAUUUUACCUUUCCUCUUUUUCGCCAGUUUUUCCAUACUUUAAAACAACGCGCGCUGUUUGA